GUAAUUUGGAAAAGAUAAUGCCUCCAUCAUUUUUCGAUGGAAUGGAACAUCUUGUAAUACAUCUUCCGUAUGAGGCUUUAAAUGGUGGACCCGUCUUCUAUCGCUGGAUGUACAGAUUCGAAAGAUUUCUUGGAGAGUUGAAAAAGAAAGUGACCAACAAGGCACACGUUGAGGCUUCAAUUUGUCAAGCAUAUCUUCAACAAGAAAUCUCAACGUUCUCAUCUUUUUAUUUUGAGCGUGAAGUCAUCACUAGAAAAAAGAGAGUUGCCCGAAACGAUGACAUUGGCGAGGAUUUAUAUGAAAAUGUAGUUUCCAUUUUCAAUUACACAGGUAGAGGUAAAGGAGCUUGGACAAACCGAUACAUCGUGGGAAAAGAAUUACAAAUUGUGCAUACUUAUAUGCUCAUUAAUUGUCCAGAAAUCUUACCGUUUUAUCAAGCGGAGUACUCAACAUUCCCUGACAAUGAAAUUGAUGCAUUGGUGGACUCUCAUUUUAUACCAUGGUACAAGCAUCAGAUCAAUAACCGUGGGAUUGUGGACCCGUUGUUAGUAUCAUUAUCGUGGGGCCCUGGUGCCUACGCCAAAGUUUGGCGGUCAUAUGUGAUAAACGGUUACACCUAUCACACAGUCGGUUACGGAUAGGGCCGACCAACAGUGAACAGCGGAUUAUGUGUCCCAACAAUCGGUUAUGAUAACUCGGAAACCAAAUUUUUGGUGUCUUGCACGAUAUUCUCGAACUGGAAAUGCCUUCUGCUGGGAAAAAGUUGACAUGCGUUUUGUUCCGCUGCAAAUGGAUCGAUCCAACACGUGGUGUGCGAAAAAAUUCAAAGUAUAAUAUGAUUGACGUCAACCACUCUCGCGUGUAUACGAAAAAUGAGCCUUUUAUACUUGCUCAACAAGCAGCCCAGAUUUAUUAUACUAAAUACCCUUCAACCAGGCGGACACAGAAUCCUUGGGUAUGUGUAUGUACUGUCCGUCCGAGCAAAAUUGUAUCACAAACUCAACACAAGGACGUUGAUUUAGAUGCUUUUCAGCAACAUUUUUUCCAACCUCCACCGAUUGUUGAGAUGAUCAACCAGCACAUUUAGCUAAGUGAUCCAACAAAAUGCUGAAGUCAUGCCAGAAACGCUCCUUCCGGACCUAACAACUCCAUCUGAGCGCGAAAUUGUUGAAAUGCAUGAAGAACAACAAAAUGCUCAUUAUCAGGAAGAAGGAGAAUGGAUAGACGGUUCUGAUACAGAAGAAGAUGUUGUAUAUGUAGAAAAUAAUGACUCUGAUAGUGACUAAUUGUAUUGUUGUAUUACAAUUUUUUUGAGUUCGAAUA